ACAAAUAAUUGUUAUAUUUUCAUUACCUACCCCAUCGAAUAAUUUCAAAUUGAGAAAUUUUAAUGAGACAACGACUAUUGGUCAUUAUUUUCUUUCUUAUUUACUCAGUCAACAGUGGAGAAAUGGCUGAAGACUGUGGAGGCAUUUGCAAUGAAGACAAAUUAGUGGGACAUUUGGCUAGUAUGGAAGUUUUGAGUCCUGAGAGUAUUUUUACUUUAGCUUUUGAUGAUAUGGAACCACUAUGCAAAAAAUUGGAGGAGAACCUAAAAUCAACGGAUAGCUACCUGAAGACAUGUAAACCUUCUGAUCAAAGUGAAUUAUACGUUUCACUGAUAAGAGGAGUGAGGGUACUGAAUAAUAAACUUUGCUGCACUGAUAACAAAUUUUACAAAAGGUACAGCAUGUUCCAUUCGUGCCUUAGGGAGUUGACAAAUGAUUUUGAGAGCUGUAAUGGUCCGGCUGAUUGGAAUGAAGAACCCGUAAAAGAAAAAUUAUGCAAGACAUACAAGAACAUAGUUGAUUGUUAUUAUAUCAAAGCAGCAAAAGUUUGUGGAAAAGAUGCUGCCAAAGCAGUAACAGAACUAGUGCAAGAUGUCAUCAAUAGUGUAUUGAGCACCAGAUGUAGUGGUGUCAAUUCCUUACCGUAUGUCAAAGAUGCUAUGCCCGAAAAGUACAUAAACAGGAACGGCUCAAAGGGUCGUUCACUAUACUCAGUUAAGCUAACACUUCUAGCAUCCAUUAUCAAUAUUGUAUAUUACAUAUUUUUUCAAAAUAAACAAGUGCUGAUGUGAAAGAAUUCUGAUUGGAUUAUCUCUUCUUUGAUGACCCAAAUCCAGAGAAUCCCAUUAUACUAGCUAAUUCAUUUGGAGGAUCUUGAUCAUCAUUCAUUUCUUCAGCUUUCCUUUUUUCCUUCUUCUUUUCUUUUCGAUAUUCUUUGAGUUUCUCUUCCUCUUCUGCUAAUUCUUGUAUGCGAGCUGCCAUAUCAUAAUCUUUCUUUUUCUCUUCCAUUUUCUUCUUGUUCAGCUCAAACCUUUGCUUAACUGAAUCCAGUGAGCUCCUCUCAACCUUCAUUGACAUACCUAAAUUGCGUUGAUGUUUUUUACCAUUGAUAUGGUCUAAGAAGUUUAUGGAAUCUUUAACAACACAAUCACAGACAUUGCAGUAGUAUCCACCAGACUGUGACGUAGGUGUGUUAAGAUUUAUGACAAUACUCUUUCCGAGUUUGGAAUCAAGAUCAACUUUGUAAUCACGGGUUUUCAGAAGUUCCCUUUUGAUUGGAGGUCCUUUUUUCUUUAGGUCAGAUUCCUCCUUUUCAAGUUUUUCUUCUUUGAUUCUUUCUUCUGCUAUUUUUUCAUACUCCUCUUUAUCCCAUUUUCGUCUAUGAUCAUCUGGUCUUGAAGACAUUUUCGAUUCAAUUGGAACACUGAGAAUUAACGAAAACGCUAUCUUUAAUUACUGCUCUGUAGUCUGAAGUACUGAACUUAAUUCCUGAUCAGAAAAUGAUCUUUGUCAAUUACCGAGAUACCAAGAAGUUGAUGUCGAGAAAUAAUAGCAGAUUAAUUAUUAAUGGUUCCAGGUAAAAAUUCAAUUAUAUUUUAUUAUCAUUAGUACUAGCUAUUUUUCAAAAAAUGUUAAGUUCCACUUAUCCACUUCCAUUCUAAUCAUAAUAUUCAUCAAAUAAUAAAUAAAUAAAUAAAUGUCAAACUGUCAAAGUCAAAUAUGUCGACUUUAGGUUCUUUCGUCUGCUUUUUAUAAAAUGCACUA